AUGGAGGAGAACAGGAAGAGGACGGAGCUGAUCAAAGAGCACACUGUCGAUCUUCUUCCUCGGCUCUCUCCAAGACUAAUCGUUCUUGCUCGUCAGGCCCUCAAGGAUUUAGUCUUGAGCCAUAAGGUGAACCUGCUGAAGGUAGUGCGAUGGUUCAGGCCUGCAGCAGCCUCCCUUACCUUUGAUCCAGAGAACGAGGUCUACUACAAGCACGGAUUCUGUACGACAUCCACAACCUUGAAGGGGUUGGUUCUGCUGUUCUCAAUCUUCCUGGUGAUCUUGAUCGUCAAGUAUCAUUAUGACAGGAUCUUGCGUAUGGAGUUCUCACGACGGAGACUGCCAGGCGAACCGAUCGCUAGCAGGAAAGAUUAUACUCGCUGCUUCUUCGAGUGCUUCAUCGCAAUGCUUCACUGUCCUCCCUUCCUCGAUGUUGAGUGGGAGAGUCACAGUCAGCUCGGAGAGAAGGUCAUCUACUCCUCCGACUCCAUUGGCGCUCUUCUCUCCAUGUUCCGGCUGUUCCUCCUCACAAGAACCCUCCGUGAAAUCGUCUGCGUCCAUGACCUAAACUCUCUGCUCGCGGCUCGGUUGGCAGGCGUCGACAUCAAGUCUCAGGUCGCCCUUCCUCGUCCUGUUCGUCUGCACAUCGUUCCUCCUCGCUGUCGGUGCAUACUUUGGUAUUCCUUCAAUGCUCGCGGCACCACCGGACUCGAGCUUAUGGAAUUUUCUUCGUCAGUUCGCAUCGGUGAAGCCCCAUCGCAGCCCAUCCUCCUCCACUUUGAGAAUUGUGUCUGGCUCUCCAUCGUGACGGCGACUACCGUGGGAUACGGGGACCUGUUUCCUCUGACCAUCAUCGGUCGGAUCUCUUGCGUUCUCCUGGCAUUCGGAGGAAUGCUUAUCGCAAACUUCUUCACCAGCGUCUUCCUCCAAUGGACAACGCCCACAAAAGUGGAGGAACGAUUCAUAGCCGUCGUUCAGUCAAGAAAAUCAUUCCUGCAGAAAAAGAUCGCAUCUACGAGAUUGAUCCAGGCAUGGUGGAGGUAUUACACUCACUUUGGCAACGGGUCUGCUCGCUCCUUCUCUUUCCGCCUUGACGGCAGGCAGGCCAAUUCUAUGGAACAUGAGAACAGAACUCUGCCAUCCCAACUCGCGCAGAGGUUCGGAGGGAGAGUUUUGAAGGCCACAGGAGUCGCCAACAAGACGAGCACUUUCAUUGUCAUCCCGUCUGAUGACUACAAGAUGGCUGAUUUCUCGCCAGAAUCGACUUUGAGUCAGAUCCUGAAUCUUCCGGGAGUGAUCAACGUCCGAGCCAAGAAGAAGGGGGCUUGUUACAGAUCGAAGAAGUUCAUCUCCAAAGAGAGUCAGAUAGAAGCUCAGGCAAACAUUCUCUACAGCAUGACUUUGAGGCUAGGAAGCCAGCUCGAGCAGAGCAGGAAGCAGUUGGACGACACUUUCUACGCGAAGGUUCGAUCGAUAGAGCAGAGAAGCACCAACAUGGACAACGAGGUCUGA